AUGCCGCUAGAGCAUUUCGGUGCGACGCGUCAGCUGAGUGACUCGCAUCGGGCGCCUCGCCCCCUGAGCGAGCCGGUUCCGCCGGACUCGUGGGGCAAAGGCGUAAGCCGUGCGGCCUCUGAUGCACAGGCGCUGACCCAGGCGCGCGACCGGCUCCGGUCCGGGCGCAAGGCAGAGCGGGACGACGAAGACGACGCGAUCCUCUCCAAGCUUACGGGUGUGAGCCGCUCCGUGUCCUGGGGCCGCUCGACGGCGAGUGGGCGCACAGCGCCGCAGACCCCGUCGGAACUCCGCACGCCCGGCGGACGGCGGACGGCGUCGACGCGCAUCCCGUCGGGCUCGCGGCUGCGCUCGCACCAUGUGAGCGCGUCGCUGUCCAUGUCGCCAUCCGUGGCGCCGAACGAUAUACCCGAAGACCAGGACGUAUUUAGCUCGCAAAAGUCGAGCCCCGCCUCGAGCGCGGCGCUCUCGCUGCGCUCGCUCUCGAGCCUGAGUCGCAGCAACUCGGUGCGCGAGCAGGACUCGUUUCCAGACAGCGAGCUGCGCAACUGGCGCGACCGCCCGAGCGGGAGCCUGUCGGACUCGCCCAAGGGCCUCGGCCUGCAGCAGCCCAUUAUCCUGAGCCCGACCGAGGCACCAGUCCUGUCGCCGCUUGAUAACGCACCGCCGCUGCAGGUGAGUGACGAGAAGCGCGCGUCGUCGGAGCGUGCCGCGCCGCUGCUCUCGAUCGAGCGCUUGGACCAGGCGCUCCCGCCGCUGCCGACGAUCGACGUCGAGCAAAUGUCGCCCCGGAGCCCGGUACCGGCGCUGGACCUCGCCGUGCCGGUAUCCCCGCGCUCGGCGGCGCCACCGCUGAGCGAGAGCAGCACCCAGCAGCCGCCGCUCUUCUCCACGCCGGGCACCGCCGAGUCGUCGUUUGCGGCACAGACUCGCCGGAGCUUCCAAGAGGGCAACGCGGGCGGCCUGCCGCACGACAUGUCCCAGUUUAAUAUUGCCCGGAAGCACGCAGGCUCCUUCCAGACACGCGCUUCCGGCGUAGACCUUUCGCAAUCCAUGCACUCGCUACAGCCCGACGAGGCGCCGAGCGAAGGCGGGAGCACCGGCACGGAUCUGCGCCCGCGCUCCAAGCUUACGCGUUUCUUUUCGCGCAUCUUUAAUGAACAGCGCUCGCAGAGUGCCGGGAGCGACUCGGACAGCCUGCAGUCGUUCAGCCCCCAGGCCACCGGCACGGCCACGAGCCCGAUUUCCGCACUGCAUCCCGUGCCCCACCGCGACGGCUGGCGGUCGCCGCUGAGCGAGAGCAGCAUCCAGCGGCAGCCGUAUGCGUCGACGCCAUCGCUGAUGCAGCUUACCUCGACGCAGGUGCUGCCGCGUCCCCCUCGCUCGCCAAUGAUGGCACCUAUUCCGACGCAGGACGACGACUUGAGCGAGGAAGAAGACCUACAGGCGAUCCACGGCUUGACAACACGCAGCGCGACACCCGCACGCAGCCUGUCCCCGGUGACGACGCGCGCCAACUCGUUUGCCAACUUGGCCGUGCCGCCGAUGGCCGCGCCGCAGCCGCUCCUUGCGCCUGCGCUCCAGGAUCUCGUGCGGGCCACCGAUCGCUCACGAACGAUUGAUGACUAUGAUAUUGGGGAAGAUAUGGGAAGCGGUGCGUACGGUUUUGUGCGCCGCGCGCGGCCGCUGUUUGCAGCGCCGGACGACGAGCAGGACGUGGUGAUCAAGUACAUCGUCAAGAGCUGCAUCCUCGCCGACUCAUGGCGCCGGCACCGCACCUACGGCACGAUCCCCGCCGAGAUCUUUGUGCUGCUCCAGCUGCAGCACACACCCUAUACACCUCAGGCGAAGCCCCCACCGUGGAUCAAGGACAAGGCGCACUGGAUCCACGUCCGUCAGCAGUUCCUUGCCAAGCAGCAGCGCGGCGAGCCUGCGGGGCACCCCGGCAUCUGCCACCUCCUCGACUUUUUCGAGGACGAAGAAUACUACUACCUGGUCAUGCGGCGCUUCGGCGACGGCCAGGACCUGUUCGACUUUGUCGAGUCUUGUACCUAUGGGCUGAAUCCCAGCGAUGUGCGCAGCUUUUUGGGACAAGUAUGUGAUGUGGUCGCCUAUAUGCACGCCAACAAUAUCGUGCACCGCGACAUUAAAGACGAGAAUGUAAUCCUGGACCGCUACGGCAUGACGCAGCUAAUUGACUUUGGGAGCGCGGCGCGCAUCCGCGCGAACCGCAAGUUUGACACCUUCUCGGGCACCAUGGACUAUGCCGCAGCCGAGAUCAUCCAAGGCGAAAAGUACUCGGGGCCCCCGCAGGACGUAUGGGCUUUUGGCGUCACCGCCUACGUGCUCGUCUGCGGCGAAUGCCCGUUCCGCGACGCACAGGAGGCCAUGGCCGGCCUCAAGCCCGAUUCACGGCCCAUGCAGGUCCUGCGCCACUUUUGCUUCGAGCAGCGCUUCCUGCCGCCCAGACCGCGCGCCUCGUCGGUGGACUCGCACUCGAGUGCAGACGAGCCGGACGAGGAACCCGACGGCGGCGGAGGCCUAAAGCAGGUCUACGACCUCAUCUGCCAAUGUCUACAGCUCGACCCGGACCAACGGCCGACGGCCGCCGACCUCCUCCAGCACCGCUUCCUCGCCGGCGCCCGCGGCUGGCUCGGUGUGGAGGGCUGGCGCGCCGAGACACCAGGCGGCUUUGCCGGCAUGGACGACAGUGUCGGAACAAGCGAGGGUGAGGCUGGGUCUCGCAAGAGCCUGCCCCAGCGCGCCUCGUACUUGUACUCUCGCGCAGCGCGCGACGACACCGAAGUAGGCGAUAACCUCGCACAGCUCCAGACGGAAUUGCAGGAAAUCAAGGCGCGGAUUUCGUCCCAGUCCAAAUCGAAUUUUUUGCUCGGCUGCGAUGUGCGCUACCUCGACGGGCGCAUCGCGCUCCUGAUCGCCAACCGCAUGGCCCUCCACGAACAGAAUGCCAUGGCCCACGCGUGCGAAGACCAGGAUCUGCCACAGCGCGCGGUUCCCCAUGACCGCCGCAUGCAAACCUACUCCAACAUGUUUUUCUUGCUCCAGUCAGAGCCGAGGUACAUUGCGAACCUCUGCAGACUCGUGUCGCUGGGCGACAUGGACAUGCUGCUGCAGACGGUCAUGUUCACCUUAUACGGAAACCAAUACGAAGAACGCGAGGAACACUUGCUCCUCGCCAUGUUUCAGUCGGUCCUGGCCGCACGCUUCGAAAGGGCGACCGACUCCCACUCGCUCUUGCGCGCCAAUACGCCGGAAUCACGGAUGAUGACCAUGUACACGCGGCGGCCGCCCGGGCAGAGCUACCUGAAGCAGGCCCUGUCCCAGCACCUCUAUGCGAUCAACAGCCAGAGCAACUUGAACCUCGAGGUGGACGUGCACAAAGUGUACGACGAACUGGUCGCCGCACGGCGCCUGCCGGCCGAUGUGCCGCCCGACCAGGUCGGGAUGCUCCCGGCGGUGCAGCAGUUGGUGCAGGUGCGCAGCGCGCGCCUCUGCAGCCUCGCCACGGAUCUGCUGGACACCGUGAUCCAGUCCCUGCCCCUCAUCCCGUACGGGCUGCGAUGGAUCUGCAAGCAGAUCCGCAGCCUUACCCGGCGCCGCGACCCCGGCGCAAGUGACUUUGCGCGGUGCUCAUUGAUCGGCGCCUUUUUUUUCCUUCGUUUUUUGAACCCCGCGAUCGUCUCGCCGCAGGCGUACAUGCUGGUCGACGAGGCACCCAGUGGCCACCCCCGCCGGACGCUCACGCUGAUUGCCAAGAUGCUGCAGGCCUUGGUCAACAACUCGUCGUACAGCAAGGACAACGUUUUGGCCUCGCUGCGCCCUUUCUUUGACACGAACCGCGACAAGGUGUGCACCUUCCUGCACGCCAUGUGCAAUGUGGGCGACUUUUACGACACGCUCGAGCUCGACCAGUACAUGGCGCUCUCGAAAAAGGAUUUAUCGAUCAACAUCUCGCUCAACGAGCUAUACCAGAUGCACUCGCUGGUGUACAAGAACCUGGACGCUCUCGCGCCGAAUGCGACCGACCAUCUGCGUAUCCUCAUCGCCGAGCUGGGCCCUGCACCGGACACUGUGCCGCGCAGCGAGAACUACAAUCUGGAGCUUCCCUUGUUCAACCGCUGGGAGACCCAGAUCCAGGACUGGACGUCCAAGCUGAUUUUGGAGAGCGACAUGACGCAGCACGACGUGCUGUACAUGGAGGCCAAGUCGAUCGUCGUCAAGCUCAUCCGGUCCCUGCCCUACGCCCCCCGCUCCCCCCUGCAGCUCGAGGGCGUGAUUCGCACCGCGCAGCACUCGGGCGACAGUGUGCUGGUGGAAAAAGGCAACCGUGUCGCUGCGAUGCUACAAGAGCUGGUCGCCCUGCGCAUGGUCGACGCCCAGAACGCGUACAUUCCGCUCUCGGACGAGAUCCAAGCCGAGCUCGAGUUCCUGGGCAACUCGCGCGACGAGAUCGCCAAGGAGCUCGAGAGUCUGCGCGCGGUGCUGUCGUCGAUCAGCAAGCAGAACGUCUAUCUGCGCAGCCAGCUGGACACGUACAAGAGUUACCUGCAGAACGCACGUAUCACCUCUGGCUCCAACAAGGAAAGCAUCUCGACGGCACCCCUCGGUGUCGUGUCGGUGGGCGGCAAGGAUCUGCGGCGCUCGCGCCUCUUUUCCGGGAACCAUGCGCACAAGUAUACCUACCAGCAGCUGGAGCGGGAGUUGCUGUUUGAAGAGACGCUCAUUCCCCAGGACCGCCGCCCCCAAAUCUACUUCCAGUUCCUCUCUCCGACCCCCGGCACGUUCCUCAUCUCGCUGCACUACAAAGGGCGCGCCGAGCCGAUCCUGGAAAUGGAUCUGAAGCUCGACGACCUUCUCGAAAAGCAGCGCGAAGGGGCGCGCGAGCUCGACUUUAAGUACGUGCAGAUGAACAUUCAACGGUUGCACAACCUGCUCCACCGCCUCUAUGCAAAGCCGCGGCGGUGGUAG